CUUAGGGUGCGGAAUGAAGCCAGUACCCAGAGCUGGCUUGAAUUGUACACAAUAGACGAGAGGGUAGCGGAAAGUUACGAUCUACCUCACCGUGGGGCGCCCCUGCAGGCAGGGGUGCUGCUAACUGGGCCCAGCCCACCCCUCGGUUUCGCUGCGUCUAGUCAAAGACUGGCAGUAGUGUGUUCUUUGAGAUCGGCGGCGCCAGCUAUUGCGAGAGCAACCUCGGGAGAACCCGCUUGCCAAAGGCGAAGGGUGGGCACACAGCUUUGAUUCACCAGGAGUGCCCGGACCUGGAGUUGCCUUCCAAAGAGGAGCGUUCCAGCACCGAAAGCGCCCGGGAGCUCUGGUUGCGAACCUUCGGAAGUAGAACACUCCUGCCUCGAAGAUUCGGUGUGACCGGAGGCGUGCCAGUUGUGGAGGCUUGAAGCCCCAGAGGUGUGCCAGCUGCUCGUACCAGUGUGGGGCAGACGAACCGCUUCUGCCCGGGUUUGGGAGCUCAACUGAGUCCCCCUAAUCCCCCAGGAAGCGCUCCGCCUCUCCCUCCUUACUUCCCUCUUCUCCGACCCCCCUCCCCCAGCUGUGGGAGGAGCCCGAGCCACCGCCCGGCCCAGGAGAGGAGGACCGGGUCCCGGAGCUGGAGCAGGACUGGGGCUGGAACUAGGAGGCUGAACGGUUAUGUGGGCUGCGGCGUGAGCCCCGUCUCGGGCCAGAGCUGUGGCCGGGCGUCCCGCGGGCUCCUCGGGCCCGGAGGGAGCAAUCCCCUCGGGGAUGCCCCAGACGCACCGGUUAGGGGUCGUGGUGAUCGCUCGGUGAGGCGGGGUCGGCACUCCGGACCCACGGUGUCUGCUGCGCCCGAGGGUAAUUGGGAACUCGGAGCCAAGGAGCGAUUGUCAGGAACCACUGCUGCCCCCAGCAACCAUGGCCUACACGAUGGGCGCCAGCUCCCCUGCAGGGCCCCUAGGGUCCCAGUACUGCGUAUGCAAGGUGGAACUCUCUGUCUGUGGCCAAAACCUGUUGGACCGAGAUGUCACUUCCAAGUCUGACCCCUUCUGUGUUUUAUUCACUGAGAACAAUGGCAAGUGGUAUGAGUUUGACAGGACAGAAACUGCUAUCAACAAUCUGAAUCCAGCAUUUGCCAAGAAGUUUGUCAUUGAUUAUCACUUUGAGGAAGUCCAGAAGCUCAAAUUUGCCCUCUUUGAUCAAGACAAGUCGAGUCUACAAUUGGAUGAGCAUGACUUUUUGGGCCAGUUUUCCUGUACUUUGGGAAUGAUCGUCUCCAGCAAGAAAAUCACCCGGCCCCUGGUCUUGGUGAAUGAGAAGCCGGCAGGGAAAGGACUGAUCACGAUCACUGCCCAGGAACUGUCAGACAACCGAGUCAUCACACUGAACAUGGCAGGCAGGAAACUGGACAAGAAGGACCUCUUUGGGAAAUCGGACCCCUUUCUAGAGUUUUAUAAGCCAGGAGAUGAUGGCAAAUGGAUGCUUGUUCAUCGGACAGAAGUGAUAAAGUACACUCUGGAUCCUGUGUGGAAACCAUUUACUGUGCCUUUGGUAUCACUAUGUGAUGGAGAUCUGGAGAAACCUAUUCAGGUCAUGUGCUAUGACUAUGAUAAUGAUGGUGGCCAUGACUUCAUUGGUGAGUUCCAGACUUCAGUGGUGAAGAUGUGUGAGGCUCGAGAUGGUGUUCCGCUAGAGCUAGAAUGUAUCAACCCUAAAAAACAAAAGAAGAAGAAGAAUUAUAAGAAUUCAGGCAUCAUCAUUAUUCGUUCUUGUAAGAUAACCCGGGAUUAUUCUUUCCUAGACUAUAUCCUUGGAGGAUGCCAGCUUAUGUUUACUGUCGGAAUAGACUUCACAGCCUCCAAUGGGAACCCUCGCGAUCCCUCCUCUUUGCACUACAUCAACCCCAUGGGGACCAAUGAGUACCUGUCAGCCAUUUGGGCUGUUGGACAGAUCAUUCAGGAUUAUGACACGGACAAAAUGUUCCCAGCUUUGGGAUUUGGUGCCCAGUUACCCCCAGACUGGAAGGUUUCUCAUGAAUUUGCUAUCAACUUCAAUCCCACCAAUCCCUUCUGUUCAGGUGUGGAUGGUAUUGCCCAAGCAUAUUCAGCGUGCCUCCCCCACAUCCGCUUCUAUGGACCCACCAACUUUUCCCCCAUCAUCAACCAUGUAGCUCGAUUUGCCGCCCAUGCUACGGAGCAACGGUCAGCCACGCAAUAUUUCAUCCUCCUCAUCAUCACUGAUGGUGUUAUCAGCGAUAUGGAUGAGACCCGUCAUGCAGUGGUACAGGCUUCCAAGCUGCCCAUGUCCAUCAUUAUUGUUGGUGUGGGCAAUGCUGACUUUGCUGCCAUGGAGUUCCUGGAUGGUGAUACUCGUGCUCUGCGUUCCCACACUGGCGAGGAGGCAGCUCGAGACAUUGUGCAGUUUGUACCCUUUCGGGAAUUCCGUAAUGCACCUAAAGAAACCCUGGCUAAAGCUGUGCUGGCAGAGCUGCCCCAGCAAGUCGUGCAGUAUUUCAAACAUAAAAAUCUGCCGCCCAGCAACUGUGAACUUGCGUAAACUCCUGCAGCCUACUUUCCCUUCUGACCAGCAUCAGCAUGUCAACCAAACCUCAUUUCAGUCCCCAAGGAAAAUGCACGUGCAACAUCGGCUUCCUCACUGGUGGCUAAUUUUUUUUUCUUCUAAACAAAUCGGCCUUUUCAUUUUUUUUUUUUUUUUUUUUUUAAUAUAAUGGACAGUCUCCUUGCUCUCUCCCAAACACAGCUGGAUUUCCUUUGUCAAACUUGCCAACCCCGAUGAUACUACCAGGUCACACAGGGCCUCUUCUUUUUCCUCCCUACCAUCAUUUUCAAGUAUUGAAUGUACUUUGUAUAAUUUUAGUGGAAUAAUUAUAAAAAUAAAUUUUUACAAUCAAAACUGGCUUUUUUCCAAGCAACUACUGUCUGUGAUUUAAAAAACAAAAAAGUAUACAUUAUAUAUAUUUGUGUUAUAUAUUUGUGUUAAUAAGCUUAUACCUCUCAUCCUCUGUUCAUUUUUAUACUAUGUACAUGUUCUAUUUGUUAUACUCAGGUUAAUAAAGAAACUCGGACAUUCCCAUGAAA